CUCAGUCAGCUGUUCCUCCGUUGUUUGCAAACAGUCCGUCCGCCUGGUCCAUGGUCCCCGCCUCAUCCUCUGCGCCCCUCUAGCUCCUCCACCAUGGGGGAAAACGACAACAGCGAGAUAAUAGAGCACCAUGUCGAGGAGGAGAUGGAGAAGAAAGGCACGAGAAGCCGCACAGCCUCCUCCAGCUUCCCGGGCAGCGUCACUCCGUCCGACAGAGAGGGCCACAGCGGCACCCAGUCCUCCCACAGACUGCUGGCCUACAGCGACGCGCUCAUCUCCAUCAUCGCCACCGUCAUGAUCUUACCUGUUGCACAUACAAAGUUGCAAAAUAAUGACGAGGAGCUGAGGCAGAGUGUUCAGCUUCUGCUGUCAACAAAGAUUGCCGUUUACUUAAUGACAUUCCUCAUCGUGACUGUUGCAUGGGCUGCUCAUAUCAGAUUGUUUCAAGUAAUUGUACGCAUUGAUGAUUGCCUUGCACUGCUGAACCUUGCCUGCAUGAUGCUGAUAACCUUUCUACCGUAUACAUUCUCUCUGAUGGCCACCUUCCCUGAGAACAUCCUCGGGAUUUUACUCUUUUGUGGUUGUGUGAUGGUGAUGGGUGUCAUACAGUCGGUGAUUGUGGUGUACGCCUUCAGCCGCCCCUUCCUGUUGAACGAGCAGAUUCAGAUCUCAGAGAACCUAACCGUCUACAAACAUCACAUCCUCAAAGUCAUCAUGCGGGUUCCCCUCAUGUGCUUCCUCGCAAGCAUCUUCUCCUUCAUCCUCUUCCAGAUCUCCUACGUGCUCUUGGCAAUUGUCAUCUUCCUGCCGUACAUCUCUAGGUCUUUGAAGUGGUGUCGCAGCAAAGCAAUUGGUCAGGUAGAGGAGACUCCAGACUCCAUUUUGUUUUACACCUUCCUGCCUGAGGAGCCCCUCAGCAAGGAUCGAGUGGAGGCGUUCAGCGAUGGAGUUUAUGCCAUCGUAGCAACGCUUCUCAUCCUAGACAUAUGCGAGGACAACGUUCCAGACCCGACUGUGGUGCAGAAACAGUUUGGCGGGAGCCUGAUAGCAGCUCUGCAGGACUACGGCCCAGAGUACCUCGCCUACUUUGGUUCUUUCGCCACCGUUGGCCUCCUCUGGUUUGUGCACCACUCGCUCUUCCUCCAUGUAACCAAGGCAACGCGCUUCAUGAGCAUGCUCAACACUUUCUCGCUGGCCUUUGUCGGAGGAUUGCCUUUAGCCUACCAGCUAACGCAUGAAUUCCCACGCAACUCUCGCAAUGAACUGGAAGCCAUUCAGAUCAGCUGCGUGAUCAUUUUCUUUGCUGGUAUAUUUCAGCUCGCUAUUUGGGUGGUCGCUCUUUACAACGAACAAGAAACUCUGCACCCUUACGUACGAUAUGGCGGACGCGAGCAUGUGUUUAUGCUAGCUAAGCUGUCUCUGUACCCCUGCGUAGCUCUUGGGACGUUUUUCCUUACUUGUAUUCUGAGUAAAUUUAGUGCCUCGAUUUUCCACCUGAUGGAGAUUACGGUGCCCUUUGCUUUUCUUGUUCUAAGGCUGUUGGUGCGCGGUGGGCUAGCAAUGCUACGGCUAACUUUCUGUCCUGACAGGCCCGACCAGGGGAGUGUUGUAGAAGAGGAAGAUGACGAGACAAGAGUGCCAUUCAAUGCUUUAGUAACCUAGCUAGCUUAACCUCUUAAGCACGAAGGGCCCCCCACAGGGAAGUAGCUACAGAAAGUGAAACUUACACAGAGCAGUGAGGCAUUGUUCCCUAAAUGCUAGGUCUCUGAAAGAGUAACUGUUAGCGAUUGCAUUGAGAAUCACAUGAAGAGGAUAUUCUUUUUUCAACAUUUAAACUGCUUCUAAUGUUGAAAAGGAAUCUGUGUAAAUGGGAUUAGAGGUGACCACACAUAUUAAAAGGCAAAGUAUGGUGGUGACAGGAUGAUACUGAUGGCCAAAGCCUAUCAUUUCAUUUAUUUUUAUCAAACAAUAAUUUAAGAAGAAACUAAUGCUAGUUUUGUUUAGCAAAUUAUCUUAAAACUCUCGAAAGCUAGGUGUUUUAUGAUCCAUAAGAUGGUUUUUCACUUUGAUUUUCGUCCGGAUGUAGCAAAAGGUCAAACUGGGUAAUAGCUGUUUUGUAUACAGGGAUGAAUUGAAGUCAUAUGAGCUAGUUUGAGUCCUAACAUAGCCGUUUAUAGACUUCAAUCAAAGAGAAAGCAAGCAUUUAUAACUAUUACUCGGUUUCUGUGCCAAGUAAAGGUGUAAGGUGAAAAGUCUGUCCAACUGUUUUGGUUAAAAUGUAGCCUUAUCAGCUAUUAAUUUAACCGCUAUUUAUCUAACAAAGAUUUGCUAAGCAUGUUGCAGAAAAAAAAUACUUGAGCUAAAGUAUUUAAAUAGUCUGUAUAAAACAAGGAAAGGUUGAUUUUUUUCUUAAUGUUUGUCUGCUCUCAGAUUUUUACAAGAAUGUAAAUGUUGGAGUUCACCUGUUAGCAAACCAGCUAACAGGUCAACGUACACUGAAUACGUCUGUAGUAUUAGCACUUUAAACAUUGAAAGGGUAUGGCCAUGACAUGUCAAAUUGCACUGCUUAUAAAUAAGAUUUGUGUUUGUAAUGCCCAGUUAUGCUAUCUCACCUUUACAGUUAUGUCCAUGUCAUCAACUGUUUUAUUUUUAGAAGGACAACUGUGCACUUAAAAUCACACCCACAACUCCAUUUAAAAGGAAAAGGAAAAGGAAAGGCCAGGUUGUGCAUAGCUUUUGUUUUAUUUCACUUGAAGUCAUGAUUUCAGGUUUUUCUUUCAAUCCUGCCUUUUAAUGUCAACUCUGUUAUUAUAUGGUUUUAAAAUGAGAAAACAAUUAUUUAAACUGGAAAUUAUCAUUCUUUCUUUUUGUAAACUGUCAAGUACAUUUUUUCCAGGAGGUGUCACUGUUUGUGCUGUAGUGAUGAUGUGAUUAUAAUAAUGUGUGUUUAAUACUGACCUUAGAGACUCAUGUCUGUGACGAGGUGUCAAAUCAAAAACUCAACAUUUGUUUUCUGAAUAAAUCUGAAAUAACUCCUUCAAUGUGGAACUUCUUCGUCUUGUUAUUUUUGAAACAUAAAAAACAAAAUCUACGACAUUUUACAGAAAAAAAAACUUUAUUUACCUCCAAACAGUAAACAGCUUCACAAUAUCCCUAAGAAGAUAGAUAUCAAUAUGUGUUUUUAUACAUUACUUUGUAUUGCCCCGAUAUUAAACGCAUACUUCCUGUGUCAUUUUUGAUCUUCUCCCCUCCAAAAGUUAAAGAUUUUCAUUAGAAAACAUUCCUACUC